AAGUAGAAGAAGAAUGAUGGAGAUGGUGGUUUUGUUUUAUUAUUUAGAGUAAGCUUCUUCAUUUUUUUAAAAACUUCUAUUAUUUUGACCUUAAGAAGAAAGUGACAAGGAGAGGAAGAAGAAGAAAAAAAACAUAAUUUGAGGAAGAAGAAAAAAAAUUCGGAUUUGUUUUUUCAAUAAAUUGACUAAUUGAGUACUCGUUUAAAGGAAGUGAAGAGCGGUUUUUUGGUAGUGGUGGUCGAGAAAAGAGAGAGUUUGUCUCUGUGACUCAGAGUGAAAUCAAUAGAGCGGGAAAAGAUUGUUGCUUUUUUUUGCCAUGGGAGUUGAUGAGCUGUCUCACCUCAAAUUCUCUCUUCUGCUAGAAUCAUCAGCCUGCAAUGAUUUGUCCGGUUUUAAGUCUCUAGUUGAAGAAGAAGGUCUUGAGAGCAUUGAUGGCUCUGGUUUGUGGUAUGGGAGGAGAUUAGGAUCAAAGAAGAUGGGUUUUGAGGAGAGGACGCCUCUUAUGAUUGCUGCCUUGUUUGGAAGCAAAGAGGUUGUUGAUUACAUCAUUAGUACUGGUCUUGUUGACGUGAACCGCUCUUGUGGCUCUGAUGGUGCCACGGCUCUUCACUGUGCGGUCUCUGGCUUGUCUGCCAAUAGCCUUGAGAUUGUUACUCUUCUGCUGAAGGGCUCUGCGAAUCCGGAUUCUUGUGAUGCUUAUGGUAACAAGCCUGGAGAUGUGAUUUUCCCUUGUUUGAGUCCGGUUUUUAGCGCGAGGAUGAAGGUUUUGGAGCGUUUGUUGAAAGGAAAUGAUGAUUUGAAUGAAGUUAAUGGGCAAGAAGAAAGCGAGCCAGAGGUUGAGGUUGAGGUUGAGGUUUCGCCUCCUCGGGGGUCUGAGAGGAAGGAGUAUCCGGUUGAUCCAACGCUUCCUGAUAUCAAGAACGGUGUAUAUGGGACGGAUGAGUUCCGGAUGUAUGCUUUCAAGAUCAAGCCGUGCUCUAGAGCAUACUCUCACGACUGGACGGAAUGUCCCUUUGUUCAUCCGGGUGAGAACGCAAGGAGGCGUGAUCCGAGGAAGUACCAUUAUAGUUGUGUCCCUUGUCCUGAAUUCCGGAAGGGGUCUUGUUCCAGAGGUGAUACUUGCGAGUAUGCUCAUGGUAUCUUUGAGUGCUGGCUUCACCCGGCUCAGUACCGGACUCGUCUCUGCAAGGACGAGACGAAUUGCUCGAGAAGAGUUUGUUUCUUUGCCCACAAACCCGAGGAGCUGCGUCCUUUGUACCCUUCAACUGGAUCAGGUGUUCCGUCCCCGCGGUCUUCCUUCUCAUCUUGCAAUUCCUCGACCGCUUUCGACAUGGGACCGAUUAGUCCGCUUCCUAUCGGAGCAACAACCACACCUCCUUUGAGUCCUAACGGUGUAUCCUCUCCAAUAGGUGGAGGAAAAACGUGGAUGAACUGGCCUAACAUAACCCCUCCUGCAUUGCAGCUUCCAGGGAGCAGAUUGAAAUCUGCAUUGAAUGCAAGAGAAAUCGAUUUCUCUGAAGAGAUGCAAAGUCUUACUUCUCCAACUACAUGGAACAACACGCCAAUGUCAUCUCCAUUCUCCGGAAAGGGCAUGAACAGGCUUGCAGGAGGAGCAAUGAGCCCGGUGAAUAGUCUCAGUGAUAUGUUUGGGACAGAGGAUAAUACAUCGGGUUUGCAGAUCCGACGCAGCGUCAUUAACCCGCAGCUGCAUUCCAACAGUCUUUCUUCAUCACCUGUGGGAGCCAAUUCUCUGUUUUCGAUGGAUUCCUCCGCAGUCUUGGCUUCAAGAGCGGCUGAAUUUGCUAAACAGCGAAGCCAAAGCUUCAUAGAACGCAACAACGGACUGAAUCACCAUCCCGCAAUCUCUUCCAUGACUACAACUUGUUUAAACGAUUGGGGCUCAUUGGAUGGGAAGCUUGACUGGAGCGUCCAAGGAGACGAGCUACAGAAGCUCAGAAAAUCCACUUCUUUCCGUCUCAGAGCCGGUGGCAUGGAAUCAAGACUGCCUAACGAAGGGACUGGGCUCGAAGAGCCAGAUGUCUCAUGGGUGGAGCCGCUGGUGAAAGAGCCACAGGAGACAAGACUAGCUCCGGUUUGGAUGGAGCAAUCAUACAUGGAGACAGAACAGACCGUGGCUUGAAUCAAAAGUUUUGAACUUUCAUUAACCGUUCCACAAGAAGCAAAGUCAGAAAGAUUCCGAGAGGUCGAUGCUAAUCUAUUUCAUUUUAUUUGUUUAAUGCUUUGUUAUUUUUCUUUAGAAUAAAAAGAAAAAAUUCUUAGGGGACAAAAGAGAGUUCGUUUGUCUCUCUCUCUGUCUCCAAAGAAAAACAGAGGUGAAAAAAGGUUUCAAAACCUAAGAAACCUUGAAUUACCUCACCUCACUUCCUUGAUUCUUUACUAUUCACAAUGAGUAAUCGAUUUUUUUUUUUCUUGGUAACACUCUCACGCUGAAUAUAUAUGUUUUUUAGUAAUAAUAUAAUUGGAAUACAGAAAUGUAUUUACACUUGUGAAGUUAGGGAAAGUGUUGUAAUUGUUUCUUCUAAGAGUUGAUCUAAGAUGUUUGAGACUAUAUCUUCGCUU